UGCUGAAACGCACUUCAACAUUCAGCACAACAGAGCCAUCUCAUCGCUCUCACCUCCAAUUAAUCUGCACGCCUGCGAGGUCAGCGCUUCGUUUUCUUGCCUUUUUCUCUUUGUUUUGUUUUGUCGGUCGCUUUAUUUUGACGCGACGAGCUUUGGGAAACCACCACCACCAUGAUGCCCUCUGCGUGUGGAUCGUCGCUGGCAGAGUAGACGAACAAAGCGCAUCAGGGCUCUCCAGAGAACUCAUUUCCACCCUCCAAAAAAAAAAAAAAAAUCACGGAUUUUUGUUUUGUAAGUACUCGGGAUAACCAUUUGGCACCCCCUUUUCUUGCUUUCCUUUUUGUGUAGUUCACAGGGAGAGAUCGCGCUGUUAAAAGAUGGAUACGCUUUAUUCUUAGUCCGAUGGAGAGGUUUUUAAUUUAGGGAACAUCUCGAUCCUGGUGCUGGACAAAAAAACAAAAAUGAUGGCAAGAUUUUGGAUAGCGCUGCUGGACACCUUGAUGUUGGUUUCCUGGGAGUAGAAGAGGCCCGUGUCGAUGCUUGACGACACAAAUUCUGCAGAACACAUACAAACAUUUCAUCUCCCGAGGCGUUAAUUCUUACAUGACAAAGAUACGUCCAACAAACUGACAGACUGCAUCACUGAUACAAAACUAUGGAGCACACUGGGAUCGAGGAGGUGAACCAGACGCACCAGCAGCAGCAUGAGCCCAUCAGCUUCGGCAUCGACCAGAUCCUCAACAGCUCGGACCAGUCCAGCGGCUGCAUGCUGCCCAACCGGACCGGCGACCCGGAUUACGCGCUGGCCUCCAACGUCUACAGCAACGGCUACAACAGCGUCUACAACCCGGCCUGCUCCAUGGCGGCGGCGGCCGGUCUGGCGGGCUCCUACAACGUCAACAUGAACAUGAACGUCAGUAUGAACAUGAACGUUAACGUGAACUGGGGUGCAGGCGGGGUGAUCCGGGUGCCUGCGCACAGACCCAUGCCGCCUCCGCCUGCUGCCGCCGCCGCGCCGCAUCCGCCCCCCGCGUCGCAUCCGCCGGGCAUCGGACCCGGCAUCGCCUCGGUGCCCGGGAUGGGGAUGGGAAACGCGGCCAAUUUCACCUUCCCGUGGAUGGAGAGCAGUAGGAGGUUCGCCAAGGACAGACUGACAGGGGAGCAGGCAGAGGAGAGCCGAGCCGGGGAGGCUACAGGGGGGCUGGGGGCCGCCGGGUCCCUCUGCCCUCUCCCCAAGGGAGACAUCGGCAGGGUCCCCGUCUGGAGCACUAUGGAGACGUUAGCUAAAUGCUAUUACCCCGAGCUCGCUCACCUGCGAGACGGCAAUGGCCUUCUAGCAGACUAUCCUUUCCCAAAGGGGGCUUGCCCAGCAGCCCUCUCGCCCUUCUCCGUGACCCGUCGCAUCGGACACCCGUACCAGAACCGGACGCCGCCCAAGAGGAAAAAGCCCCGCACCUCCUUCAGCCGGGUGCAGAUCUGCGAGCUGGAGAAGCGCUUCCACCGGCAGAAGUACCUGGCGUCGGCGGAGCGCGCCACCUUGGCAAAAGCCCUGAAGAUGACGGACGCGCAAGUCAAGACCUGGUUCCAGAACAGACGGACAAAAUGGCGGAGACAGACUGCGGAGGAGAGGGAGGCGGAGAGGCAGCAGGCCAACCGGCUGAUGCUGCAGCUUCAGCAGGAAGCCUUUCAGAAGACGUUGAGCCAGCCGCUGCAGCCCGACCCGCUCUGCCUGCACAACUCCUCCCUGUACGCCCUGCAGAACCUGCAGCCCUGGGCGGACGAAAACAAGGUGACCUCCGUCACCUCCGUGGCAUCUGUAGUUUGAGAGCGUGUGUGUUUGUGAGAGUGUGUGUGUAGAAGAGAGGGAGGGAGGUGAGAGAAUGUGUUACUGAAUGUGUGGAUGGGAGGAAAAAUGUUGUCGUGUCUGACGUUCAAAAACGCAGCACCGUUAUGGGAUUGUCUUAGAUACAGAAAAAAAAAAUGGACGUUGCUUCCUCACUCAUUGAUCGUUUACCAGCAACAUGGUGGGGUUACUGCCAAGACCUACACGACAGCACAGGAGCCGCACUGACAUUUUCUGUUUGUCAAAUUUAAACAAACUGUUAUCUUGAAUAUCUAAAGUCUUGUUGAGUCAUAUC